CUCAGAUGUGGCUCCCUGACCGUCAGCAUCACCGGGGCAGGACCAGGGAACAAGCUCGAUGCUGGGGGCCAUUUCUUGAAACAGAGUGUACGAACCGUUUGCCGGGGGACUAUUCCGUAGUACGAAGGAGCGGAUUCGCACGAAGACUAAGUCAUCGGUGGCAUUUGCGGGGACCACCAUCGGCGACCAGACGGGAGGGCACCCGACCCGUCCAUGAAUCUCAAUGACGAAAGGGCCCUGGAAGGAGCGAUGCAGACACCGCGCAGUUUGUUGAUAUCAACGAGAGCUUUUGGGAUCCAAACGACUUCGGCCAACGUGGAGUAUUUACCGGCGCCGAGAUCGAUUUGCGGGAGUCAUCCAGCAGCGCUCUGUACCUUGCACAAACUGUUCAAUAUUGAGUGCUUGCAGUGCUCAGGUCUCCCAGGGUCUGAGAAGCGUGGCACUACGUCGGGUGGCAUGUUGUCGUACGGAGCGUUGCAGACGUCACCGUCAUCGGCAGAGGAGGCGGGAUUGGUUCGAUGGCGAUCUCUGUCUUCGAACGUCCGGGCUCGAGCGCUCCCGUGCCGAUCCCAAGUCGUUCUGUCACUGGCUGGCUCUAACCCUGGGCAACGGGCUACCCAUUUCAUCAGAGACGGGGUGCUCGUAGGUGAAGAAAGCUCGAGGGUCUUCAGUUGCCUACUGCUUGUAGCACCAACCAUUCGGGACCAACCGUGGGGAAACAAAGUUCCAUUCCAUCGCGGCCUUCUACCCCCGCUCAUCAGGGGCAAACGAACGCAGACGUCAUCACCGAUGGCGGACGACGGAGCGGAGCGGACGAGCGACCGAGCAAUCCAGCAAGCCAGCGGGCAAGCAAAAAACAAAGGAGCCAGCAGACCAAAGACCGGCAAAGAACAAGGAAGCCGGGCCCGCGAUCUGCUAAUAUCCAACACGCUCCACGCAGCCCCAGCCGAUGCGCUGCGCUGCAGCUGUCCAAGCUGUCCUGUCGCCUCACAUCGAGCAACGGUUCCCCAAGCCUGCUUCGGUGACGGGCCCCCUGUGGCUGGCACCGCCUAUCUGCACACGCCCGAUACCAGGGUCCGAACCGCGGGCUGCGGAGCAGCGAGGCCACAGGCUGGUCGGCAAAUGAUUCGUAAUAUAUAGGAUGAGGACGAAGGGGAGGACCAGCCAGGCGAAGCCACUACGAGCAUCGAGGGGAGAAGACGAAGAAGCAAAAAAAGGGAAGGACGCUCACGGCCCCUGUUGUCUCCUUCCCUAUGUACUGUACUCCCAGCCUCCUUCCCUCCUCCAGUUUCCGAACUGUCGCGACGUUCCUGGCUGGUGCAUCUCCCAACUUCGCCCACAGGCGCCUCUAACCCAUACGCAUCACAUUUUUCAGAACAGCGGCAUGUUUCUCACAUCCAUGCCGGGAAUAUAUGCGGUUAUCUGGGCCACCCACCACGAAGCGCCAGACCGUGUGCAUUGCGCUUGGCCAUAUAUAUACCGAGAGUGCCACGAUGGGAUUGCAUCAGCCACGGCGUCACCGCACUGCUGGGCAUGCUGGGCAAUGGCGUUCUGUGCACGGAGCAACGCGCCCCAUGUCCAGUGUGAUCUCCCCG